AUGAAGUUAUGGAUCUUUUUGUAUGCCAGCUUAACAAUUGCUUCUCAGGUGUUGUUCAAUUUAGAAAAUGAAGUUGAUUACACUAAAAAGAUAGCUAAAGCACAGCAAACAAUUUACAAUCUUCUUGAUAAAACAUCAACCCAAUUCCAAAAUGAAUUUGGGGAACUUGCAAUACUUGCAUUGGAGAGAAUCAUAGAAGAUGGUAGUUUCCGGUCUAUUUCUUAUGAGCUUGAUCUCGAAUCAGUCUUUGAAGUUCCCCCUAUUGAAAAUGAAGUAACAAUCGAAUCGACUUUUGUUCAUGAUGAAAUCAUCCACUCAGAGAAAUUUGAUGGGCAUUCCGUAAGAAUCAAGGAAGUUGAUCCCAUUGAAUUGGGAUUGGAUACUGUUAAACAGCAUGUUGGUUAUUUAGAUGUAGAAGAAGUUGAUAAACAUUUCUUUUUUUGGUUUUUUGAAAGUAGAAAUGAUCCUAAAAAUGACCCUGUAAUUUUAUGGUUAAAUGGAGGACCAGGAUGUGCCUCCGAAGGUGGAUUGUUCUUUGAAUUGGGAAGUAGUUUCAUCAAUUCAACAUUGCAACCAGUUUUUAAUCCAUCUUCCUGGAAUUCCAAUGCUUCAGUUAUAUAUUUAGAUCAACCAGUAGGUGCUGGUUAUUCUUAUACCAACUCCAGUUUCGUUGGUUCUUCAGAAAAAGCUGCUGAAGAUGUCUACGUAUUUUUAGAAUUGUUCUUCCAGAAAUUCCCUCAAUUCUUGAAAAAUGAAUUUCAUGUUGCUGGUGAAUCAUACGCCGGUCAUUACAUCCCUGCCAUUGGUGCCAAUAUAUUGAAACACCCUGAAAGAUCGUUCAAAUUGACAUCAGUAUUGAUCGGUAAUGGUUAUGUUGACGCGAGUCAUCAGGAAUUACAAUCACCUAAAAUGCUUUGUGGUGAGGGAGGAAUUCCAUCUAUCUACACAGAAGAACAGUGUAAGGUCUUGAACGAAAACAUUCAUGCUUCGGUCACUUUCUCGUACCUUUGUGCUGUUCUGCUCAACAAAUUUGCUUGUCUCAUAGCUGAACAUUAUCUGAAAAUCUGUUAUGAACCACUUGCAGAAUUAAACUUGAAUCCAUAUGACUUGAGAAGGGAAUGUGAAGACGAUGGUCUCUGUUAUAAAGAUUUAGAUUAUGUUGCUGACUUUUUGAGUUUGAAGUCAGUAAGAGCAGCAAUAGGAGUUGAUCCUAAUUUCGACUACAAAUUCUGUAAUCACGAUGUAGGGGCAAGAUUUGCAUUAGCUAGGGAUGAAGUUAUCCCAUAUGAAGAGAAACUUGCCGAAAUUUUAGAUGCCAAUGUACCAGUUUUACUCUACGCUGGUGACAAAGAUUUCGUUUGUCAUUGGGUAGGUUACGACUUUGUUUCCAAUAUGAUUAAGUUUGAUGGUGAUGAUUCGUACAAAAAAUCAGAAUUCAAACCAUGGGUGAAAGAUGGUAAAGAAAUUGGCCAAGUCAGAGGAGCUGAAGGUUUAACUUUCUUAAGAGUUUAUGAAAGUGGACACAUGGUCCCUCAUGAUCAACCAGAAGUUGCAUUGGAUAUGCUUAGUGCUUGGUUAGCUAAAGAUUUCUAUUUCGGCUACUGA